GGGAUAAUCGUGAUUUCAUUGAUAAUCGCGAAACAGAACGUGACACUUCCACAACUAGACACAACACUAAACUCUUCAUAAAUCUUCUCUAUGAUCAUAAUUACAUUUUCUUCACCUUCAUAAAUCUCCAAAUUCUCAGUAGUCUCAAAACAAUAUUUUUGUAGUGGGAAAUUUUGAAAGACAGUGAGUUGAGUUAGAUCUGAAUGGCGACUUCGUGGUACUGUGCGAAUACUGCAAAUGGAGUAGAGUUGUUGAAGCAUUACGGUUCAAACACAAGAUUGAUUCGUUUCAGUUGUAGAAACACAAGUUCUAAGUUGUUCCUUACUAGAACCGCCGAUUUUCGGAGACUAAAACGAGGUUGUUUCCAUGUGAAGAACACUUUAAGUGAGAAAGUUCAUGAGGAUCCUAUUACUGACCAAGGUGCUGAGAGCAAUCUGAGUUCUUUCACUCCUGGUGCUGCAUCUAUUGCCUCAAGUAUCAAAUACCAUGCAGAAUUCACACCUUUAUUUUCUCCUGAAAGGUUUGAGCUCCCUAAGGCAUUCUUUGCGACGGCCCAAAGCGUUCGUGAUUCACUCCUUAUUAAUUGGAAUGCUACGUAUGACAUUUAUGAAAAAAUGAACAUGAAGCAAGCAUACUAUCUAUCCAUGGAAUUUCUGCAGGGUAGAGCAUUGUUGAAUGCAAUUGGUAAUCUGGAGCUUAAUGGUGCAUAUGCAGAAGCAUUGAAAAAGCUUGGCCACAAUCUCGAAAAUGUGGCUUCUCAGGAGCCAGAUGCUGCUCUUGGGAAUGGGGGUUUGGGGCGGCUUGCUUCCUGUUUUCUGGACUCUUUGGCAACACUAAACUACCCUGCAUGGGGCUAUGGACUUAGGUACAAGUAUGGUCUAUUUAAGCAACAGAUUACGAAAGAUGGUCAGGAGGAGGCGGCUGAAGAUUGGCUUGAAAUUGGCAGUCCAUGGGAAAUUGUGAGGAAUGAUGUUUCAUACCCUAUCAAAUUCUAUGGAAACGUCACUACAGGAUCAGAUGGAAAGAGGUAUUGGAGUGGUGGAGAGGAUAUAAAGGCAGUUGCAUAUGAUGUUCCCAUACCAGGGUAUAAGACCAAAACCACAAUCAACCUUCGACUGUGGUCUACACAGGUUCCAUCAGCAGAUUUUGAUUUAUCUGCCUUCAAUGCUGGAGAGCACACCAAAGCAUGUGAAGUCCAAGUAAACGCUGAGAAGAUAUGUUACGUACUCUACCCUGGGGAUGAAUCAGAGGAGGGAAAGGCCCUUCGGCUGAAGCAACAAUAUACCUUAUGCUCAGCUUCUCUCCAAGAUAUUAUUGCACGAUUUGAGAGGAGAUCAGGUGAUCAUAUUAAGUGGGAAGAGUUUCCUGAAAAAGUUGCUGUGCAGAUGAAUGACACUCACCCUACGCUUUGUAUCCCUGAGCUGAUGAGAGUAUUGAUAGAUCUGAAGGGCUUGAGUUGGAAGGAAGCUUGGAAUAUUACUAAAAGAACUGUGGCAUACACAAACCAUACUGUUUUGCCUGAGGCACUGGAGAAAUGGAGUUAUGAAUUGAUGCAGAAGCUGCUUCCCAGACAUGUCGAAAUCAUUGAGGCGAUUGACGAGGAGCUGGUGCAUGAAAUUGUAUCGAAAUAUGGCUCACUGGAUCUGGACAAGUUGGAGGAAAAGUUGAUUACUAUGAGAAUUUUAGAAAAUUUUGAUCUUCCCAGUUCUGUUGCUGAUUUAUUUACUAAGCCUGAAAUCCCAGUUGAUGAUGAUACUGAAACAGUAGAAGUCCAUGACAAAGUUGAAGCUUCUGAUAAAGUUGUGACUAAUGAUGAAGAAGAUGAAACUGGUAAGAAAACUAGUGCGAAGACAGAAGCAGCUGCAGAAACAGAAAUUGAUAAGAAAACUACUGUGAAGCCGGAACCAGCUGUCAUACCACCUAAGAAGGUCCGCAUGGCUAACCUGUGUGUUGUGGGCGGUCAUGCUGUUAAUGGAGUUGCUGAGAUCCAUAGCGAAAUUGUGAAGGAGGAAGUUUUCAAUGACUUCUAUGAGCUCUGGCCUGAAAAGUUUCAAAACAAAACAAAUGGAGUGACUCCAAGAAGAUGGAUUCGUUUCUGCAAUCCUCCUCUUAGUAGCAUCAUAACUAAGUGGACUGGUACAGAGGACUGGGUCCUGAAAACUGAAAAGCUGGCUGAACUACGGAAGUUUGCUGACAAUGAAGAUCUUCAAACCGAGUGGAGGGAAGCAAAAACGAGCAACAAGAUUAAAGUUGUUUCCUUUCUCAAAGAAAAGACAGGGUAUUCUGUUGUCCCAGAUGCAAUGUUUGAUAUUCAGGUAAAACGCAUUCACGAGUACAAGCGACAACUGUUAAAUAUCUUCGGCAUCGUUUAUCGGUAUAAGAAGAUGAAAGAAAUGACAGCUGCAGAACGAAAGACUAAUUUUGUUCCUCGAGUAUGCAUAUUUGGAGGAAAAGCUUUUGCCACAUAUGUGCAAGCCAAGAGGAUUGUAAAAUUUAUCACAGAUGUUGGGGCUACUAUAAAUCAUGAUCCAGAAAUAGGUGAUCUUUUGAAGGUAAUAUUUGUGCCAGAUUACAAUGUUAGUGUUGCUGAAUUGCUAAUUCCUGCUAGCGAUCUGUCACAACAUAUCAGUACGGCUGGAAUGGAGGCCAGUGGAACCAGUAAUAUGAAGUUUGCAAUGAAUGGUUGCAUCCAAAUUGGUACACUGGAUGGCGCUAAUGUUGAAAUAAGGGAAGAGGUUGGAGAAGAAAACUUCUUUCUCUUUGGUGCUCAAGCUCAUGAAAUUUCAGGGCUUAGAAAAGAAAGAGCUGACGGAAAGUUUGUUCCUGAUGAACGAUUUGAAGAGGUCAAAAAAUUUAUUAGAAGCAGUGCUUUUGGCUCUUAUAACUAUGAUGAGCUAAUAGGAUCUUUGGAAGGAAAUGAAGGUUUUGGCCGUGCUGACUAUUUCCUUGUGGGCAAGGACUUCCCCAGUUACAUAGAAUGCCAAGAGAAAGUUGAUGAGGCAUAUCGCGACCAAAAAAGGUGGACAAAGAUGUCAAUCUUGAACACAGCCGGCUCCUACAAGUUUAGCAGCGACAGAACGAUUCACGAAUAUGCCAAAGACAUUUGGAACAUUGAACCUGUGGAAUUACCAUAAAGAGAGUGAAGGGGAUAAAAAUAACAGUCACAGUGAGUAGCAUUGGCUAAGUUUCACUGAGUUGUUUCUUUUUAUCAUGUUAACGUAUAUAAUCUGUAAGACGAUGAUGUUCCUACAUAAUAAGAGAUUGAGAAUCUCAUUUGUAGCUUA